AUGCCGUUAGCCGCGACGUCAGCACUGCCGACAGUCGAGCCUCGGCGUUGGCAAGUUUAUACCUACUACUUUGCUCUCGUCAUCGGACUUAUCGCAUUUCGUGCCGAUUUCGCUCAACGUCGCGUCUAUCGUUGGCCGCUCAUGCAAAUCUACGCCUGCACUUUAAACGCGUUGACCGUCGUUACUUUACCAUUGUCGUAUCCUACCGCCCUAACCUACUUAGAUUACCUCAAUGAAAAUCGCUUAAUGAAAAUGGUAAACGUCGUCAAUACAACACAGAUAUUUACGAUUACCGCAUUGGCCAUCGUUUUUCGCUGGAAGCGCGAACAUACAAUAUUCGAAGUUCUAACGCGGAUGCUGGAAUUAGAGCGCGAGUACUUUGAUAAAUGUGUGCCUGCUGUGGUGAAGCGAUAUUGCGAACACUGUUACAGCAAUCGUUUGCUUUGGAUAAAAUACUUCAGCAUCAUCACUCAAGGCGUCUACACUGCAUAUAACCUGACUCUUAUAAUACCGGAAAUUAAUCUCACCUCGCUUCUCUAUAGCUCACAUAUGCUCUGUUUAAUCAGCGUGCUUUUACACAUGAUCCUACAUUACUUCCUCGCGAUGUGGUAUGUGUGGCAGCGGUUUUGCUGGUUAAAUGUUCAACUGCAACGUAUUUUCAAUAUUCUUCAACUUUCGGUGCAUAAGCGCUAUAGCAGCUCUUUACGAAGGCACCUGAGAGGGCGCUUGGCGAGGGAAUUGAUGGAUGUGGCGCGCGUGCACCGACAGCUCACAGGAUUCGCUGAGCGUCUGACCGACUGCUACCGACUACAGUUAGUCGCGGUUCUAUUAAGUAAAAUCAUCAACAAUAUCUCGAUCGGUUAUUUGUGCUUCAAAUAUGGUAGUAACCCCUAUUUUAAGAACCUAGAUGCAUUUAACCGAUCGUUCAGCUUCGUAGCAUUUGUGAUGACCUUAUCAGACUCAUUCUACUUGGACAUACUCUGCGAUCGUGUGGCUAUUGCUGCUCGCGAAACAGCGGAGGUACUAAAACGAUUUCACGAGCUGCUCAGAGUUGACGACCGUGUUGAUUAUGCGUGUGAUUUGCUUUCCCAACAUUUGCGCUUUUGCAAGCUAAGUAUUACUGUGUUUGGCGUUAUCGGUGUGAAUAAGCGACUUUCCUUUCUAGUCUUCGGAGGACUCGUGAAGAAUGUGUUGCUUCUGUUGCAGUGGGAUCUGGCAAAGCAAUUCGAUUAG